AUGCCGGAGGACCAUCCUCCCGCGUGGCAUUCCCUCAAGCCCCGGGGGCGUGAGCCCUCUUGGUCCCCGGAGCCCCCGCCCUCUCCCGUGCGCGGCCCUCAUGGUGUGGUGCCCGCCAGGCUGCGGGCCAGCCAGGAGACCCUGGAGACCACCAAGGAGUGGCCGCCGCCUCCCCAGGACGUGGAGCUGGGUCAGCUGGCGGCACCCCCGCCACCCCGCGCCUUUAUGCCCGGCACCUGGUCGCCCCGACCCGAGCAUCUACCUCUGACGGCGGCGACGGUGGCGGCCGUCCGCGGCGGCGACCCCCGCAGCCCUGGGGCGCUGGCGGCCGCGUCGGUGGCGGGCAGCCAGGUCAUCUAUGACCACCAGCCGGUGCGUCACGCCGCCGACUGUCCCGCUCAUCGACUGGAGACCAAACCGGACAGCGUCCGCUCCAGCAGUCGGCCUGCCAGCCGGCCCAGCAGCCGACCCGCCAGCCGACAAGGCAGCAGAACCACCAGCCGACCCACCAGCAGGUCUGCUAGCAGAUCUGGGAGCAGAUCGGCCAGCAGGUCUGGACAUAGAUCGGGUUACAGCUCGCCAGGAAGCGACCUGCGCUAG